GACCAGGAAUUCAGGCACAACGUGCAGAGAAGCCUGGCGACGCAGCUUCAGCAGAUCUCUCAGCAAUUCCGGCAAACGCAGAAGGACUACCUGAAUGAGAUCCGGAAGCGGCAGCGCGGCUCGGCCUUCGAGGAGGUGCCUUCGAGUGCCCAGGGCGGCGUGGACGUCGGUUUCAACGAUGGCCAACUGCUUGAGCUGGAGAGCAUGGAAAUCAACGCCAGCCAGAGGAGUGAAGAGAUCUGCAAAAUCGCUUCUUCGAUCAACGACCUGCACACCAUCUUCAAGGAGCUGGCGGUGCUGGUGAUCGAUCAGGGCUCUAUCCUGGACAGAAUAGACUACAACAUCGAGCAGGUGGUGGUGCAGAGCAAAGAGGCAAACGUGCAGCUCCAGAAGGCGAUGCCGCAUGGGCAGAGCGCCAGUUGA